UAAUCAUCUAUAUUUGUAGUCCAAAACAUGUACGUGCCGGAUGGGGUUAUAAUAAUCUCGUGAGCGAGAAGAACUCCAAUAUUUUUUUAGGCAGACAACACCUAGAAUUAAACCACCGCCUUUCUCAAUUUGGGAGAAUCGUCAACCUAGUCAAAACCUCGUCAACGGUGUGAAAGACUGACGAAUAGACGGCGGUGUUGCAAAACCACAGAGAUUGACCCAACAACAGCAAACAAUCAAGGAAAUGUGGACGGAAGACGACAGUAGAGUUAACCAUUGAAUGUGAAAUCAUUUGGAAUAUUUGCCAGAUCUUCAUCAAACACACACACAGUAAACCAGAUUAAAGUGGAUUGUCUGGUGUUGGCUGACUGAUUGUCAUAGAUAGGCCUACUGGUUGUUGUGGUCAAGGGCACACAUGGCCCAUACAGUGCAGGACAACCAGAGAGCACUGCCCCAGGCUGCUGUCUCUCCCUCCCUCCAGCCAUGCUAAAGAUCAUGCAGGUCAGGACCAUACAGCUGAAUGCUGCCAAACAUGUUUACCACAACAGCCAAGAUUGACAGUGUUGGACACCCUGCUAUGUGGAGCGUUCGCAGGUGCUGUGGCAAAAACAGUCAUAGCACCCCUGGACAGAACCAAGAUCAUCUUUCUGGAUAAGAGCGUCUGCUAAAUGACUUAAAUGUAAAUGUAAAUCUUCCAAGUGUCCUCACAAAAAUGCUCUGCUAAGGAAGCCUUCAGACUCAUAUAUUGUACGUACAUGAAAGAUGGCUUCCUCAGCCUGUGGAGGGUCAACUCUGCCACCAUGGUGCGAGUCAUCCCCUACGCUGCCAUCCAGUUCUGCUCCCAUGACCAGUACAAGGGAAUACUGGGGAGAUACUACGGCUUCCAGGGAAAAGCCCUGCCUCCUUUUCCACGUUUCCUGGCAGGAUCAUUGGCUGGCACCACGGCGGUCAUGCUCACCUAUCCCCUGGACAUGGUGCAGGCCAGGAUGGCGGUGACGCCCAGGUACAGCAACAUCGUGCACGUUUUUGUGCGCAUCACACAGGAGGAGGGCAUAAAGACCCUCGACAGAGGCUUCUGCCCGACCAUCUUGGGAGUGAUCCCGUACUCAGGAAUCACCUUCUUCACAUACGAGACCCUCAAGAAACUGCAUGCAGGGCCUCAGUAUGAACUGGAUCAAAGGGCCAAUCGCUGUGGGGGUCAGCGUCACCACCUUUGACCUUAUGCACAACCUACUGCACAAGAUGCACCAGCUGGGAUACUUCACACACUGAGCCAGCAGGGGGGAGCCAGAGGAGAAGCUCACUGUUGGGACCAGUCAUUCGCUCACAGGGACUAGCACGGGCGCAACUUUCACUGGGGACAGAGGGACAUGCCCCCCCCCCCCAUUCUGAAAUUGCAUGUUUGUCCCCCCCGAGUUUUAUCAUUGGAUUGUGAUACAAAAUGAGGCAACAGUGUGCUUUAGGACCAUGCGGACGCCUCCGAGCGGUCGGGUAGGCUGUUUGGAGUGUUUUUCUGACUGGAUUUUUUUUAAAGUACAAAAAAUAUGUCCCCCGCACUUCUAAAACCAAAGUUGUGCCCCUGGGGACUAGAAUGGCAAUAAUAUACCAGAUCUGUCUACUCACAAUAUGGAUCCUCUCAGUAGGCCUAUGCACUCUACAUGUCAAAUUGGAAUUCUAAGGAGAGGGUGGUACUGGACAGACAGGAGGAGGCAGAAGCUGUCAAUAUUAAGCACGCACAGCCAGACCCAUACUCCUGCUGUUGAUGGAUGGAGUGUCUGCACUAGGGCCAAAAUAAGUGUCCUCAAACUGGGUAGAUGUGUGCAGAUGUUUGCAAUAUGAGAGGUAUGACAAUGUGAAAGAUUUUUUGUUUCGAGGCCUGAUCCUUGUUUGAGAUUGGGGUAUUAUGUUGGCACGGGCACAUUUUAAAGGCCCAACGCAGCUGUUUUUAUAUCAAUAUCAAAUCAUUUGGGUGACAUUUGAGUACCUUAAUGUAAUAUAUUUCUAUUAUAAUUGGCAAAUAUAGCUUUUUAGCAAAAAACUAUUUCUCAAGAAGAAGUUUGCUAGGACUGUCUGUUAGUGGUCUGAGUGGGGAGGGGAAAACUGAAAACGAACUGUUAUUGGCAGAGAGGUUUGGAACUGUCGUUGUUACUAUUGGUCUAUUAACUCAUUUUCUGCAUGUUGAUUUGAGCAUGGAAAGCCAAAAUUCUUGCCCAUACAAACCUGUUGGUUAUAAAUUCCUGUGUAGAUUAUGGCUGGUUGAUAAACAUUCAGAAAAUAACACUGAUCACAUUUUCACACUUCUAUGGUGUUAGUUUCAUCAGCUGUUGUACAAUAUGAUAUAAACACAGGAAAAACUGAACUGUACAUUAAAUAAAAUAUAUUUUUUCAUAACAGUA